CCCACGACCUCUUGUGGCCGGCAGGGGGCGGGCGCGCUGCGCCUGGGGCCGGGGCAAGCCCCGCCCCCAGCGGAUUGCCAGGCGCGCCAGCCCCGCCCCGGAGCCGCCGCUGUAGCUGCCGGCGGACGCUGGGGGCGGAAGCGGCCGGGCGCGAGAUGGGCAGCGAGCUGCUCGCGUUGGACUGCCUCGUCCACCUCUUCUCCUACCUGGAGGCACCGGCUCUGCUCCGCGCCGCGCGGGUGAACCAGGCAUGGAACGAAGCCGCAGGCACAACUUCCCUAUGGAGAAGGAUGUGCCUAGAUCGUUGGACCUUUUGCAAUAUUUCCAACCUGACUCCAGGCAUGCAGACAUGGAAACAGUACUAUCUCCACCGCUCCAAACUUGAGCAUGAAAUGGCAUCAGGCCGGCCAUCAGCUGAUUAUAUAUGUAGGUCCAUGAGGGGGCAUAAAGGUGAAAUAGUUGGUAUGGCUUAUCUCUCAGACAACGAGCACGUGUUUGGCGCUGGAAAGCUGAGGUCUGUGGUUUGCACUGCAUCUACUGAUGGCACUAUCCGAGCAUGGCAGGUCCAAGAGGGUACACAGAUAUGGUCAAGUCCCUCCCAGGAAGUGCCAUUUGUAAAGGUUAUUACUGUCCCACAGUACAAACUAGCAAUCAGCACAGACGCGUAUGGAACCAUUAAAGUCUGGCAUGGAGAAACUGGGGAAGAGCUUGCUGCAUUCUCCACAUCGUCGUCCUCGUCCAGUCUGGUUACCUACUCAGUGAACAAUAAGCCCUUCCUAACUGCAGCUACUGCAGAAGGUGCUAUCUAUACGUUAGAAGUUCCUAAUUUAAAUCAGGUUUCAUGUAUUGCAGCAUUUCAAAAUUCUAGCAUUGAUUUAUUACUUUGUUCACCGGACAAGCAAUGGCUAGUUGCUGGAUCUACUGAGAAUGCAGAUACAUCUCCAAAGAUAUUUUAUACAGAUUGCUUGAUUAACCCAGGGGAUGAACCACCCAUAUCUAGUUCUCUGCCUGUCAACAAUUGUGCUGUAGUCUGCUGGUUACCAAAAGCACCAGCAAGAAUAGCAGUAAUGCACCAAGAUCGCAUGUCAGUUCGAAGGAACAUCACAGUCUUUGAUCUAGCUGUCAAAAAGUCUAAAUGUAAAACAGAAGUUCUAGCUCAACAGGUUGCAAGUUUCACAUUACCACAAAGCACUUGGACCACAGCAAUUCUCAUGGAAGGGCACGGAACAGAAACAAUUCUUCUAGGAUGUGGAUCAAACUUGAAACUAUAUUCAAUUUUUGGGACUCAAUUAGAAGCUUUUCAGCAUCACAACAAUACAAUCACUUCAAUAUGGGUGGAUUCUUUUCGUGUUGUCACAUCAUCUUUGGAUCUCUCACUCCGUGUGUACACAUGGAAAAAAGUAAACAAAAUCUCUUCGCUGACGAGUCGCUAUUACUUACUAGGGGGAACCCACAGAUGGUCACGAGUGAUGAACAACCUCCAUUCCCGAGGUGUUCAUAGCUACAGUAGAACCCGAGCUGGGCUACCUACAAAUCCAGCCUCUCUUCCCAAUGCCACUGGGACUCAUUUGCACACCAGGUCCCACCUGACUACCUUCAGAUUGCUUGUUUUUAUUGGGUCUUUUUUUAUUUUUUUAAACUUGAUAAUCAUUCUGCAACUAUUUUUCCACUGA